AAAAAACACAGGAAAAAGACAACUGCGUAUUACUGCGACUGAAAACUGCAACACAAACGCUCGUCCUCUGCUGUUGUCAUUCCUCCACACAAAUAGACAACCAUAAACCGAGGAUUAAGGCUUUUAUAAGCCUUGGAAUUCUCCUCAAGUUCUGAUUCAAUAGCUGGGAUGCAUAAUUUCCCUCUAAAUUUUAGCUUGUUUAAUGGCAGGUAUUGGAAAUUUCACAGUAAAAAGGAAGAUAUAUUUAUUAGACAUAGAAGUGCAUUAAGCAACCGGAGAAGAUUAUUUACGCGGUCGUAAGAAUCUGCAAGGGUGGCUUAUUUUUUAUUUAUUUUUUUGUAACAUUUGAAUGUAAUAGAGAGCCGUUUGUUUUUAAAGGUGUUUCUGUAGGUGACGUCGAGGUUAGUGGUUAUUUGAUCAUAACCCAGUAUUGGCUUGUUGUUUAUUAUUGCUAUAUUUCUGUUUGAGUCGUAUAUUCUCCAAACUAACGUGCUAAACAUUGUUUUGGUUUGGUGUAACGGCGGAAUAACAGGCCGAUGGUUGUUUAGCAAAGAAAUUGACAUCUAGUGGCUCUAAAGAGUCAUUACAAUUCUAUCAGUAACUUAUAUACAAAAAAGUUAAAUACACCAUGAAGCUCCUGGAAAACUCCGGUUUUGAGGCCAUAAACAGUCUCCUCACUAUUGAAACGGGAGACUGUAAGAUAAUUGGACGUAUCGAGAGCUACUCCUGUAAGAUGGCAGGUGAUGACAAACAGAUGUUUAAGCAGUUUUGUCAGGAGGGGCAGCCGCAUGUGCUGGAGGCUCUGUCUCCUCCGCAGAGCUCAGGAAUCAGCCCCAACAAACUGAGCCAGAGUUUGGAUGAUGGUGAGGGUCCUCUUUCGGACAAGUGCAGCAGAAAGACACUUUUUUACCUGAUCGCCACUCUCAAUGAAUCCUUUCGGCCAGACUACGACUUCAGUCGCACCAAAGGCCACGAUUUCAGCAAAGAGCCCAGUGUUAAUUGGGUGUUUAAUGCAGUGAACAGCAGUUUGUCUGCUGCUGCGGGUGAGGUGUACAGUCACCUACAGCCUCAGUUAUGGGAGGCUCUAGACAAGGAGAUCAGCCUUGCUGAAUGUGACAUAUACAGCUACUACCCAGAUCUAGAUUCCGACCCUUAUGGGGAAGAAGGCAACCUAUGGUCCUUCAACUACUUCUUUUAUAACAAAAGACUGAAGAGGAUCGUGUUCUUCACAUGCCGUUCUGUCAGUCUUUUCAUGGCUCCACGUGACUCUGGCAUCGGCACUGAACUGGAUCUGGAGUUAGAUGAGGGCAGCUAUGAGGAAGAGGAAGAGGGCAACAUGGAUGAAGAGAGGUACGGUGCACUGUGUGCCUGAUGAAGCCCUCCUCCUUGUCAUAUGAAGCCAGCAUCUCUUGCCUGAGAUUAAUCGCUUGUUAUUUUUUUCUGCUUCUUAUUCAAUUUUAUAUAUCGUUGGUCAUUUCUGAAGAAUGGAGAGAUGUGGUAAUACAGAGUGCUAUUCAUUGCACUUUAGCAUUUUUCUUUACUUUUCUCUGUACUUUCCAUUGCAUUCUCUUAAUGUUCCUCUGAAUUCCACUGGAGGGAACAUGUGGGAUAUGUGUUAUGAUACUUGCCAUUUUACACUUCCAAAGAGGUCAUGAUAUUUGUAUCAGUGCAUGUAUAUAAGGUUUAUUCUCCCUGGCUGUUUUCUCCCUCUCCAGGUAUUUUUAUUUUUUUUAAUACUCAAACCUCAUUCAUUUAUUUGUGUUCAUUAUUUCCAAUAGUUUUUAUGACUCCAAGUACUUUACAUCAGUAUUUCCACUAGGUGGCAUCCUUCAACAUCCUUGUCUUCUGCCUCUGAUCAUCCUUUAAUGUUUAAUUUUUGCAGCUUGUUUUAAGUUUUAAUGCAUUUUGAGCAUCAAAUGAAAUUAAAAGAUUGUAAGUCAUAGUUUACAUUUAAAUGUUCUUUCAAGUUUCCAUGUUUGUGAGACCAAUUCAUGCUUAUAACUCAA